AUGGCGACAACGACGCCAGAUCCGGAUAUGGAGGAAUGGCUCACGCUCCGCUUGCGUGCGUACGUGGGUCCUUCGCCCGCAGCUCAACAUCAAGAGGUACUGCCAACAAUCGACCCGGAAAGCCUUUUCACAGCGUCCCUUCUCAAGGAGGCGUUUCCGCGGAAGAGCUCAACCCCCGAGCUUGACAAAGCGGAGGAGCGUACAGAGUAUCCGGCAUGGGUCCUCGAUCUCCUGCCGGCCCGGUCACAUCACGGACCGACGCUUGUUUCUAGCAUUGCAAGCAACGGUCUCAUUCAUCCAAGUUCAAAUACAGAAGAAGACAGCCUGAACAGCAAACAAGCUCUCCUUUCAUUUUUGAAGCCGCAUAUCCCAGCUCAAGCAGCACCAAAGGAAGCGGCAAUUGGGGCGACGGCCUCCAAGUGUAUUGCACUGCAAGCAUACCUGGAGCGUGAGCUCGCCCCUCUCGUGCUGCACUAUCUCUAUGUGCUUGAUGAAAAUUUCAAGCAGAUUACAGUGCCCGCAUACGUGGAGGCACAUCUGAAUGCUGCGGCGGCUGAGCUGAAAUCAGAUGAAAAGUAUGGACGAAACGCCAAGGAGGAACUGGGCUGGCUGGCAAGACGGCAAGCGGUGCAGGCUGGUCGCAAGCAAGCGCAAGAGCUGCGCUCAAGGGUACAGCCCGCGCUGAUUCGUGCGGGCUUGUGGCAACUGACGUCUGCCUCUGACCCUGGAACGGGAGUGGACUCGCCGUGGGUUGCAGACAGUGCCGGCAGCCUGCAUGGGGACAUGGAGGUAGAUGCAAGCUUCUCCACCCGUGGCGGAGCAUUGCACGGCAUCGCUGCCGCUCGUGCACAGCGUGGUGGCUCGGGCUUGGGCGUUGGAGAUUUUCAGAAGACAAAAGAGGCUUUCAGGAUGGUCAAGCUCGAGUCCAGGGCCAAACAUGUCCUGUCGACGGUCGCUGCAUUCUACGCGGCCCAGCAGCAGCAUGAUGGCGGCAGAGGGACAACAUUUGUAAACAGCAGCGAAACACCGACCACCAGCGAUCUGCUCAUGUUCGCAUUGCUUGCGCCAGUCCUCUAUCCUCCGAGGAGCCGUGCGGCUUCUGGUUCCGACUUUGAGAGCAGUCGCUGGCCGCAGCCAUAUCUCGCCAACCUGCUACUGUUCGCCGGAGCCGGGGCAGGGCAACGCAUAGAAGAGGAGCAGCGAGGAGCCCGGGAAGUGGCCUCAGUGCGCACAAUUGUACAAGUGGUCGAAGCGGUGCGAGCGCGCCUCUGGCCGGAUGGUAACAACAGCAGCAAUGGCGUCGGCCCCGAGGGAAUCUCCUGGGCAAAUGCAGAACUCUCGGCUCAAGCAGCGUUUCGAGCAACAGCCUUGCGUGCGCGCGCAUCGACCACGCGAAAUGCGAUCGACACAGACGAAAAGCCCGUGAGCGUGGCAAGUUUUGCAUUGCUGCUUGCGCACGGCUUGCGAGAACAGAUCAACGCUUCGCUCAGUGCCGUCGCUGCGCCAUUCCGCUCCACUCCCAUCGCUCCGUCCUCGUUUUCGUCCGCCACCGCCCCUGCGUCCGGACAAGGCAACACACCAUUCAACAAUCAGGGAGAGAAGCCGACUCCUUCCGCAUCGGCGGCUCCCAGCGGAUCUUCGCCUCCGGCGCGACAAGUCGCUGAGAUUCGACGGCGCCGCUUAUGGUGGAUGACUGGCUCAGCAUUCGCCAUCAUCGGCUUUUUGUUUGCAAGCGAAAUCGUCAGUGUCGAGUUCACUGACGAUGAUGAGGAUGAAGAAGAAGACGAAAGGGAGGAGGAUCAGGCCAUUCACGGGGACGAAAAGGGAAUGAUCUUUGCACAAGAACUAACAGACGAUGGCCAGGAGGAAGAGGAGAUGGAGCUGGACGCCAAAGACUAUGAAGAUAAUUACGAGGAGUUUGAAUUACGCGAGGCUUUUGACGCCGAAGCAGGGGCAGAGGACAACCUCGACGACUAG